AUGUCCGCUGACGAGAUCCGUGCCAACUCCUACGUCGGUUUCGACACCAUCACGCAGCAGAUUGAGCACAAGCUCCUCAAGCGCGGUUUCCAGUUCAAUGUCAUCGUCUGUGGCCAGACCGGUCUUGGAAAGUCGACACUCAUCAACACCAUCUUUGCGUCCCACCUCAUUGACUCCAAGGGCCGUCUUGAGGCUGAUGAGCCUGUCCGCCAGACGACGGAGAUUCACCCCGUCUCGCACGUCAUUGUCGAGAACGGUGUGAAGCUUCGCCUCAACAUUGUUGACACUCCUGGGUAUGGUGACCAGAUCAACAACGAAAACUGUUGGGACCCGAUUGUGAAGUACAUCAAGGAUCAGCACAGCGCGUACCUCCGCAAGGAGCUCACCGCUCAACGCGACCGCCACAUCCAGGACACGCGUAUCCACUGCUGCCUGUUCUUCAUUAACCCCACUGGCCACUCGCUCCGCCCCAUUGAUGUUAUUGUCAUGAAGAAGCUCAGUGAGGUCGUCAACGUCGUCCCUGUCAUCGCCAAGUCCGACAGCUUGACUCUCGAGGAGCGGGAUGCGUUCAAGCAGAAAAUUCGUGAGGAGCUGCUGUACCAUAACAUCCGCCUCUACCCCUUCGACACUGAGGAGAACGACGAGGAGGAAGUUCAGCUCAACGAGAGCAUUCGUAACAUGAUCCCUUUCGCGGUUGUUGGCUCUGAGCGCACAGUCAUCGUCGAUGGCAAGCCCGUCCGUGGCCGCAAGAACCGCUGGGGCGUUGUCAACGUCGAGGAUGAGAAGCAUUGCGAGUUUGUCUACCUCCGCAACUUCCUCACCAGGACACAUCUCCAAGACCUCAUCGAGACGACGGCGCAGAUCCACUACGAGGCCUUCCGGUCAAAACAGCUCCUCGCGCUCAAGGAGCAGACGAACGCGCGCCCGUCGAACGCGGCGCAGUGA